AUGAAAUCAAAUUAUGAGUUAAAAAUAAAAGAAGGACCUACUCAUAUUUGCAGUUGUUGUGGUGGUUUAUGGUUCGAAUAUUCAAUCAAAGAAUUCACAGUUGAGAUGUUGAGAAAUAAAGGAUUACCAAAAGAAUUUAUUGAUACAGUCUGUUAUCUCGAAAAUGCAAUCAUUAAAUUAUGUGUUACUUGUAGAAAGGACAUUAUGUCGAAUAAAGUACCUAAUCUUUGCCUAUCUAAUGGUUUAGCAUUCUAUGAAAUACCAGAUUGUUUGAAAAUCUUGACUGAAUUAGAAGAACGAUUAACAUCACCAAGAAUUCCUUUUAUGGUGAUUCGAACGUUAGGCUUCUGUAAACAGUUUGGUCUCAAAGGUAAUCUGGUCAAUGUUCCGAUGAAUGUUGACACAAAUGUUUCGGUCUUACCGAGAAAGUUUAGCGAUACUCAUACAAUCCAACUAAAACUCAUGAGACAAAUGAAAAAUAAAAACGCCUUUAUGUAUGAAACAAUUCGACCAAAAGUUGUACAUACAGCUGUUAAAUAUCUUGUCGAACAGGAACUAUAUAAAGGCGAAGGUAUCAUUAUAUCCGAUGAUUGGUUGAAUGAGUAUUCUAAUGAACGAGAAAAUUUCAUUAUUAAAGAUGAAGAUAAAAAAAUUGAUGCGAAUGAAAUCAUGAAGGAAUCAGAAUUUGAUGAUAAUGAUGCCAAUUGGAAUGAAUCCGAUGAUAAACCAAUCAAUCCAGUAGCUACAGAAACAUUAUUAAAUGAUGAGAUUGAAGAUCAGAAUGAUAUCGGUAUUAAAUUUGCUCCAGCAGAGAAUAAUAGACCAAUAUCAAUUUUGAUGGAUAUGAAAGUUGAUGAAUUAACAUUUCCAAAAAUUUAUUGUGGUAAACAAAGAAAAAUCAAAGAAAAUGUUAAAUUGACUUACGCUAAAAUUGCUAAGUCAGAAUUAAGAAUGUUCGAUCGAAGAUGUGGUAGAAUAUCGAAACUAUUUUUUACCUAUAAGAAAUUGCAAACGAGAAAGUUUUCAGAUGCUAUUUCAAUAACUCUAAGAAAAACAAAAAAUACAAAAAAUGUAACUGUUGCACAAAUGCUCAAUCGAGAUUAUGUCAAUGGAUUAAUACAUAAUGAUGACGCUUUCACAUUCUUGAGAUGUGAUCGAUCAUCACCAGCAUUCUGGGAACUGAAAAAAAAGGAACUUAUGGCCAUGAACAGGCAAUUAGGUUGUGCUACAAUCUUUUUGACUUUAUCAGCAGCAGAAACAAAGUGGUCAGAACUUAUUGUAAUAUUGGCUAACGUGUUGGAAAAUAAAGUCAUAACAUUAGAAGAAGCAGACAAUAUGAGCUAUGAAAAGAAGUGUGAUUUGAUAAGAAAAGAUCCUGUAACAUGUGUUCGUUAUUUUGAACAUAGAGUAAAAUGUCUAUGGGAAAUAUUAUCAGCUCCUUCUGGUCCAUUUCAAGGCUACGAACUAGAAGACAAAUAUGUCAGAAUUGAAUUUCAAGCUCGUGGUUCACCACAUGUUCAUGCCUUGAUAUGGUUAAAAAAUGCUCCAAAAUACGACAAAAAUAAACCUGAAUCAAUUAAAAAAUGUAUAGAAUUUAUUGAUAAACUGAUUUCAGUUAGUUCGAAACCAACACAAUUUUCUGAAGAACUUAUAAGUUUGCAACGUCAUAAACAUUCACAUACCUGUAAAAAAUAUGUGAACGGUUGUAUUAAAUGUCGUUUUGGUAUUCCAUAUUUUCCGAUGAGAGAAACUAUGAUUUUGGAACCAUUUAGUGACGACGAAAAGUUAACUAAAAAAGAACGUGAAGAAAUAAGUAAAAAGAAGGAGAACGUAAUGAAAGAACUUGAAAAGAUAUCAAAAGAUAUCGAUAAUUCAUUAAUUUUUGAUGAAUUCUUGGUACAUAUUAAUAUGAAUGAAAAAGAAUAUAUUAAAAUGAUUCGAGCUGACUUAAAAAAAGCAAAGGUCUUCUUGAAACGUGCUCCAAAUGAAAUCCGAAUCAAUGCAUAUAAUCCACCAAUAAUGUCAUUACACAGAGCAAAUAUGGACAUUCAAUUCAUUCUUGAUCCUUAUGCAUGCUUAAAGUACUGUGUUGAAUACAUCAACAAAUCUGAAAAUGGCAUGUCUAAACUUCUACGAGAAGCAUUGAACGAGUUAAAAAAAGGCAAUAACACAGUCAGAGAACGUCUUAGAGUUACUGCAAAUAAAUUUUUGAAUUCAAGUGAAAUUUCUGCACAAGAAGCUGUUUAUCAUGUUUUAAGUAUUCCACUUUCCAUUAGUAGCAGAAGUACUGUUUUUAUUAAUACAAACAGACCUGAAAAUAGAAUUUCUAUGCUCAAAUCAGAUGAAAUUCUUCAAAAAUUGGAGCCUGAUUCAAAAGAUGUGUUUAUUGAGGGCUUAAUUGAGAUGUAUGUUAAUAGACCUGACGAAAUGAAAAAUGUUUGUCUGGCUGAUUUUGCUUCGAUGUAUAAUAUUUCAAAGAAAAAAACAGAUAAUGAUCGAAUUAUAGAAAAUUCUGAUGACGAAGAUAUCACUGAAAAUGAAAGUGAUAAUAAAACUGUCCCUAUGAAAAUGAAAAAUGGUAAGGGUUGGAUUAAAAAAAGGACAAAGAAAAAAAUCAUAAGAUACAGAUACUUUAAACUACAUCAAGAUCCUGAAAACUAUUAUAGAGAGCAGCUAAUGCUAUUUCUACCAUGGACUAAUGAAGAAGAAGAUCUUAUUCAUAUAAACCAUGAAGAGAGAUUUGAAUUGUAUAAAGAUAUAAUUCAACAAAAAAGAUCUGAAUAUAUUCAUCGUGAAGCUAAUGAAUUCGAACAAGCUUUAGAAGAACAUAUGGGAAAAAAAGAAGAUGAAGAUGAUAUUGAUGAUGCAAAUAUUGAAUACGAUCAAGAUAAAAAUGAAUUUCUCAUUUAUGAAAUAGGAAAUACUGAAGGUGAUAUUUUUGUUGAAAUGGGAAUAAAUACUCGAACUGAAAAAGUCGAACACUUUAAUGUUCCCAAAAUAAUACCAGACACAGAAUAUCAACAAAUGAUGAGAAAUCUUAAUAGUAAUCAAAGGAAAUAUACUCUAAACGUAAUGAAUUUGAUUAAAAAUGAUGAAAAUCAAUUUUUUCAUUUCAUCAAUGGAGGUGCAGGUGUUGGCAAAAGCACUCUAAUCAAAGCAGUGUAUCAAUCAAUACUAAGAUUUUAUAAUUCACUUCCAGGAUAUUAUCCAGAUAGUAUUCGGGCUGCACUAUGUGCACCAACUGGCAAAGCAGCAGCAUUAAUUGAUGGAAUGACUUUGCAUUCAUUUUUAAGUUUACCAGUAAAUCAAUGCAAACAUAAGCUUGUUCAACUAAAUAGCGAUGUUUCGAAUAGAAUUGGAGUCAAAUUAAAAGACUUACAAUUAUUAAUAAUAGACGAAAUAUCAAUGGUUGGUUUUACAAUGUUUCAACAAGUCGAUGCACGUUUGCAGCAAAUAAUGAGAACAAAGAAACCAUUUGGUGGAAUAUCAGUCAUAGUUUUAGGCGAUUUCAAUCAAUUAAGACCAGUUGGUGAUAAAUACAUAUUCCAGUUUAAUAAUUCAUAUAAUGCUUUAGUAGAUAGUCCAUUAUGGUCAUUAUUUGAAUUGUUUGAAUUAACAGAAAUUAUGAGACAAAAGGAUGAUAAGACUUUUGCCAUUGCAUUAAGUAAUAUAGCUAAAGGAACAAUGACAGAUGAAGAUAUUAAUUUAUUAAAGUCACGAAUUGUUUCAACUGAAAAUUUGGAAACGAUUGAGGAUGCCAUAAGGAUAUUCAGAAGCAAUGCUGAAGUUGAUGCAUACAAUACAAAAGUAUUGGCUAAUCUUAAUACUGAAGGUGCAACUGCCAAUGCAUAUGACUUUUGUAUUGGUGAUGGACUUGCAUCAUUAAAAGAAAAAGUGUUGAAUAACGUAAAGAAUCUCAAAACAACUGAAACUUAUGGCUUACCACUUAAAAUUGAUUUGAAAGUGGGCGCUAAGUAUAUGUUGACAGUCAAUUCUGAUACUGAAGAUGGAUUAGUCAAUGGUGCUUGUGGAAAAUUAGUAAUGAUUGAUUACGGAAAACUUCAAAAAACUAAUGAAACAGUACCAUGUAGAAUAUGGAUUAAAUUCAAUGAAGAAAAAACUGGAAGAAAAGCUAGAGCCAAUUUUCACAAUGUAAUGCGUAAUAGAAAUAUUGAUUUUAGUCUUACACCAAUCGAACCAGUAAUACGUCAGAUAAAUACGAAGUCAACAAACUUCAAAGUAGAACGGAAGCAGUUUCCAAUAGUACCUUGUGAAGCUAUGACCAUAUACAAAAGUCAAGGCGGUACUUACGAGAAGGUUGUUGUCAAUUUGAAGAAGGGAAUGACAAGAUCUGAAUUAUAUGUUGCCUGUAGUCGUGCAACAAAAGCAAGUGGUUUAUACUUAAUUGGAGACUUCGUUCCACCAAAACCACCUGAACGUAAUGAUGCAGUGACGUUGAUGUUCAAAACUAUGAGAUCCGAGCGAAUGCUGAAAUUUUCGCUUGCAUUUCCUGAAGAAUCUGAAGAGAAAAAAUUUUCCAUUAUCUUUCAUAAUGUACAAUCAUUGAAUAAGCAUAUUUCAGAUGUUAAAUUUGACAGAACAUUUUUGUCUUCUUCCAUGAUAAGUCUUGUUGAAACAUGGACAAAACCAAGUGAUAACUUAGAAAUUGAAGGUUUUAAGAUAGUUCACAGACGUGAUUGUCAUGAUGUACGAAAACCAUUCGGUCAAAUCAUUUAUUUAAAUAAAUAA